UAUUAUCCGUUUUUCACCAAUCAGUAUCUGUGUCAAGCGCUGGUGUCUGCAUGAGGAUCCAGGUUUAAGUUUCUACUAAGAGAAAUAGGAAUCCCCUUAUAUUUAACGAAAUGGUAUUUGUAUUUAGGAGAACGUGGUGCUGAAGAUGCACCACGUUUUAUUAUAGUUUGUUAGCAUUUUUACAAUCUUGAAACUCUUUAAAAUUGUAUCUGAGGUUUAUUGUCGCGGUAAGGUGUAUAACCGUUCGGCUGCUUACAUCUAAUAUUUUUACAAAUCUAUUUUCAUGAUGAAGCCGAUAAAAGCAAACGCAGAUCCUAUGAUGUGUACAGCACCUGAAUUAGCACGAAUGUUAAAGUUACCAAAAAUUCGUAUUCCACAUAGUUUAUAUUAUGCUUUAAGGAAUGGUUUAAAACAAGGAUCUGUUUUCUAUUCAAAUGAAUGCGAUGAUUAUACAAAAUGUAUUAAAAGUUUGUCUAAUGUGAAAAAAAUAGGAGAACAGGAUUAUAUAAAUAUAUUAAGAAUAUGUUUGUAUCUGGAACAAUUUGAACUAGAUCUAGAAAUGAAACGGAUUGAAUCGCCAAAUUACGAAGUUAAGAAAUCUAAUUUACACGAAUGUUUCAUUAUUACUAUGCCAUGUUUAAAUGGUGAUGGUACUAUAAUUAAACCAAAUGAUGAUGUAUCUCUUUAUGAUAUUGUUACAAGAAGAACUAUUUGGGCUAAAGUUGUAGAAGUAGUAGGAAAUGAUGUAACAAUAAAUGUUUAUUAUCCUCAAGAUGUAACAAAAUUUGAAGAUAAAAAAUUUAAGAUAAAAAUCUGGAGUAAACAUUGGCCAUUAAGAUGUUGUCAUUAUGCAUUGAAGGUAAUGAGUAACUAUAAUUGGACUGAAAUUAUAUAUCCACAACUGAGGACAUAUUCUACUGAUAUAGAAUUGUUUGUUGAAAAUAGGGCAACUGUUGAUGAAAAAAUUCAACCAUGCGCAAAUUUUGUUGAUAAAACUACGCUCUUUUUAUCAAAAGAGCUACUAUUACUGAAAAAAAUUAUUAUUACAACAUUAGUAUCAUCCGUAAGAUUAAUUGGUAUAAAUUUCCGGGAAAAUCAUUUUUCUUACAUAAUCAUCGAUGAGGCAAGUCAAGCGACUGAACCAGAAAUAUUAAUUCCUCUCACAGUAACAAAUAAAAAAACUGAAGAUAAGAGAACUAGAUUUCAAGCACAGAUUGUUAUUGCGGGUGAUCCUUACCAGUUGGGACCUAUCGUCCGUUGCAAGGAAAUUGAACAUCUGCUUGGAAGAUCAAUGUUAGAAAGAUUAAUGGAUGAUUGUGAUCUAUAUAAAAGGCACAAUGGAAAAUAUAAUCCGAAUUAUAUAACAAAACUGAUUAAAAAUUACCGUAGUCAUGAAAAUCUUUUAUACGUGUCGAAUAAACAAUUUUAUAAGAAGGAAUUAGAGAUCUUUGGAGGCGCUGAUACAAAAAUGGCAUUAAACUGGUCAAGAUUACCCAAUAAAAAUUUUCCUAUGAUAUUUCAAGAAGUUUUAGGCCAAGAAGAAAGAUCUGCAACGAAAAGUGUCUAUAAUACAGCUGAAGUACUAGUGGUGAUGGCGUAUGUGAAUAUGUUGAUUACGACAAAAUUUGGAAAACGUACAAUAACGCCAAAGGAUAUUGGAAUUAUAACGCCUUUUAAACGACAGCAAUUGGAUAUUAUUCAACACUUAACAGCUAUGAAUUUAAGAGGCAUAACUGUGGGAACAGUUGAAUCAUUUCAAGGGCAAGAACGAAAUGUGAUUAUAUUAUCAACGGUGCGAUCAAAAAUCUUUGAACAUCAUAACAAAGAGCAUAUUGGUUUCUUAUCCAAUGAAAAGAGAUUUAAUGUUGCUCUAACACGAGCAAAGGCACUUAUGAUAAUAAUAGGUAAUCCAAGGAUACUUUGUCAGAAUAAACAUUGGGAAGUACUUUGGAAGUACUGUAAGAAAAAUAAUGGAUAUAUCCUCUUUGACCAAUGUCCAUUAAAAAAGAAUUUAAUAUCGAAUUUUAAAAGCAUUUAUAACGAUAAUUUAGUUAAAAAUAGUGAUGAAUCAAAUUCAACGAAGUUAUCCAUCACUGUGAACUUUGGUAAGGAGAUAAAAACUCUAUCCGAUGUUCCUGUGUAUAAGAUGGAAAACUUGAAAAUAUAAUAACGACCAAUUGAUAUAUACUUU